AUUUACGAAGAUGACAGGAAGGAGUCAUAUAAUUUCGGACAGAAUGGCACCUUCUACAGAUAUAAGAAAACUAUGAAUGCUGGAAAAAAAGUGUUUCAAGCCAAACCUCCAGAUAAAGGAAGUUUCCCUUUAGAUCAUGAUGGUGAAUGCAAGGAAUACAUGAUGAACUACAUGCAAUGUCUAAAGUUAAAUAAAAAUUGUAAUUCAAAAUGCAGAACAGAAUCCAAACUUUACUUGGAAUGUCGUAUGGAGAGGGAACUUAUGGCAAAAGAAGAUCUGGAACUCUUAGGAUACAAGACAUCAAAAUAACCACCUUAAAAUCUGCAAAUAUUUUAUCAUGCCCUCAUUCUUGUGUAUUGAAUAUUUUUCAUUCCAUUAACAAAGGAUUACAUUAAGUAAUAGUUUGACUAUCACAGGCCAUAUCCUGUCAAUCAAGCUAUUCCUUUGAUAGGAUUAAAUAAAGAGUUGUUAAAUCAUUUAAAUUAGACGAAAGAAAAUGAAAUUAUUGUUAUUUCCAUUGUCUGAAA